CCUAGCAAUCAGAGUGAGAACAGGUACUUCCUUCUGAGCACUGACAACUAGAACUGAACUGCUAAGGAAAUUAAUACUCUCACAUUUUAGCACGACUACAUUUCUGUUCAUGUAUACCAAUUGAAAACGUGGCCAUUCCUCCAGAUCCUAACAUUGUGGAAUCAGUUUCAAGUGAAAAUUCUUUAAAAAGUGAACACAGGCUUCUAAAAUAAGUCAAAAUCAAAGUUUGACUCUAAAGAAUUAAGUUGUGAAUAGACUAUAAAAAACAGACCCUGAACACUUAAGAAAGAAAAUGAGUCUUCUCAAAGAACGAAAACCAAAGAAACCUCAUUAUAUCCCAAGACCUCCAGGAAAGCCAUUUAAAUAUAAGUGUUUUCAAUGUCCCUUUACUUGCAAUGAAAAAUCACAUCUUUUUAAUCAUAUGAAGUAUGGCCUCUGUAAAAACUCCAUUACAUUAGUAUCAGAGCAAGAUCGAGUUCCCAAAUGUCCCAAGUCCAAUUCCUUAGAGCCUAAACAAACACAUCACAUAGAUUCUUUAGUUAAGCCAACUACUUCCAAAUCGAUCACCAAUGGACAAACAAAUCUUGAUUCUAAACUUCAGCACAGCUUUGCCAAGGAAGAAGCGAAGGAAAAUUUAGAAUUACGAAACUGUGUGACAAGUAAAUCAUCAGGACAAAAUCCUCCAGUUCAGAAGAAAGCAAUACCUCUUGGUUCAGCUACAGAAAGUGCAAUUUCUAUACAGCCUAUUUUAGAAAGUGGUGCCAGAUCUUCAGCUUUUGUACCAGUAGAACACAGACUUAAAGGAUCAGAAAGUGAUAAAGUAUCUGAAAUGCUGGCAAUGCCUGACCCAAUUACCAAAAAUUCUUUUCAUACUAAAUCUGCAUUCCAUGCACCUAAUCAUCCAUGGAAAGCUGGUUCUUUUCUCCCAGAGUUUUCACAUAAAAUUCCAUCCACAAAAGGUUUUGGAUCCAUUUCUCCUUAUAUACAACCACCUAUUCCAGAAUAUCCACCUCAUUUUUACACAGAGCAUGGACUGGCUACUGUCUAUUCACCUUAUUUACUUGCAGGUAAUUCAGUAGAGUGUGAAAAUACUUUGUUGUCCGUCUAUAGUACUCAAGACCAGAGACAUUUUCUUUCCCACCCAGGAUCAAUCCCUAAACAUUUGAGUCCAUCACCAUCAACAUAUGAGCCCUACAAAUUUUUCCAACAGUAUCAAUCCAGUCUUCCCAUACCAUAUGGAUUCUAUAGGCCAGAGUCUGCAUUCUCUUCCUAUGGCCUUAAACUUCCACAUGUUGCUAGCAUUACCAGAGAGCAAAGUUCUCACGUACUUGAAGAAACUAAUUUGAUCUAUCCAUCUUCAAAUCCAUCCAGAUUAAACUCCUGGAACUCCCACAAAAAAGCCAUAGAUUAUAACAAAGAAAGUUUAGUUCUCCAAAGCCAAGAUUCUUCCAAAGAUGAACCAAAUGAUAGAGAUGGAGCCAAGAUGAGCCCCCGUGCAGGAAGUGCAGCUACAGGGUCUCCAGGAAGGCCAAGUCCCACCAACUUCACUCAGACAAGCUAUACAUGUGAAGGACUAUUUGACCUUUCAAGUAAAUCAUCCCCUGGCCCAUUUGGAAAACUAAACCAACUUGAAGAAAAUGGCACAGCCUUCAAACUUGUGAGAAAAAGUACAGAAUACCCUGAACCACAGUUAAAUAGAGUUGACUCUACAAGAAGUAUUAAUGUUACUGAUGAAGAUGUGCAACAUCAGGAAGAAAGUACUUCUCACACAAAUGAGGACCCUUCUAACACAGAGAAAGACUCAGGAAUAGCUCCACUUAAUCUUUCUAAGAAAUCUGGAAAUAAAAAGGAAACUACACAUGAACAUAUAUACAAAAACAUGACUCAUGUAGAAACUCAAAACAUUAUGAAGCUACAAGACAUGCCUUUAAAUCUCUCAGUGAAGGAUACCUGCAAUACUUUGAACCUGAAACCUUCAUUCCACAGUCUAUCACAAGAUGCUGAAACUGCUUCUACACAGAAAAUUGAAAGUUCUAAAGCAGAAAACUAUAUAAAGAAUCACCCACAAAAUAUCCAUCAAGAUGACAUUUCAUUCACAGCAAAUAAUGGGGAAGCACAAGAUUUAAGAAUGAUUGACAACAGUGAUGAACAGAAACAAACAGCAGCUGUUGCUCUCUGCCAAUUAGCUGCAUACAGUCCUGGAAAAAUAAAGGUAGAAACUGAAGAGCAAAAUGCUCAGGAUUGUACUUUUCAACAAGAUGCACCUACCUUCAGUUCUAAAAAAAUUCUGGAUAUUGAAUGUAAUCCUAAAUCAAAAGGACAAAAGAGGACAAGUCAAAAAGAAACAGGAAAAUCUCACCAAGGAACUAAAAAGGCAAAACCAAAUGACACUGCAAGAGUGUUCACUCUAAGAAAGAGAACACGGAUAUCUUAACACUUAAUUUUCAUAUUUGCUUUCAGAUCACAAAAUGUAUCCCCUGGUCCACAUGACUCAUAUUAGCAAUUUUUAAACAAAUUUUCUUUUGGGUCAACUGUUACUAUGUGUUUUGUUUUGUUUUGUUUUUUUCAUUUUUUUGUUCUGUGGAAAGCAGCAAUCUGUAUAUAUUAAGUGUUUAUACCAAAGGUGUUUAUAAAUUUAUAAUAAAUAUUUUGAAUGAUCCAGAUUUCUUAUGCAUAUGCCUAAGAUUCUGAUAAGCAAACUUUUGCAUUAAUAGCAAGGCCAUUGGAAAUGCAAGAGAUUAAAGAAUAAUGCUUUUGGUAUAAGUUACGUGGCAAGAAAACUUUUACAUUUGCUUUUAUUACAAAAAUGUUUCCUGCAUUAGAAAGAACUUUCUAUUUGUAUAACAAGGAUCUCCUUAAAUUCUUGAAUAUAUUUACCAUUAGCUGUUUUACAAAUAAAAUAUAAUUUUAUUGAAGAGCAAGAGCCUAUAUGUGUGUGUAUAUAUAAAUCAUAUGUAUGUAUGAAUACAUAUUUUCAGAAAUUAAAAGCUUUUGUUAUGAAUGUGAAAAUUAUGAGUUGUUAUUGUUGAAAAUAAUCCAUAGACAUCAAAAAGAUAUUUAUAUAAAAAUUUUCUUUUCAAUAGUGAAAAAAUACUAUUGGUGGUAUUGAAUGAAAAAAUAUCAUUACUUCAGUAAAUGUGAAACAUGCGUUUAUGAGACUUAUUUGGUUGAGUGAAGUCAAUGAAUUUUGCAACCUUUUCAAUUCUUGUUUUCUACAUUUAGAAUUGUUUGAUUUCUAAUAUUUUUCAAAUAAAUCCAUGUAUUAUGCUUAAGAAUGCAUAAAAUUGUAGAAACAAUAUAAAUUUCCAUAUUGUGUUUUAUAAUUUUUCUAUAACACAUACUGAAAAUCUGGUUAAAAAAGGAAAGAUUUAUAUCACAAUUUGAACAAGUUAAAGACUAGAAAAUAAAUUUUGUGCUUUUUGGGAAACUAAAACAAAUGAAAUUGUUUAAUAAAAACCAAUUUGGACAAAAUCUAGGAAACUGCUUGAUCCUGGCUUUCAGAUAAGGAUCAACUUAAGUCAAAACCUAUCCUGCUAUAAUUCAAAAUAAUGUUGCUUAGUAUUGGUAUAUCUGGGCUCUCUUUUUCUUUUCUUUUUUUUUCUCUCUUUUUUUUUUAUUAUAGCUUUUUAUUUACAAGUUAUAUGUAUAGCCAUACAUAUUUUACAGUAUUGACAAUUGCCAACCUUUUGUUCCAAUUUUUCCCCUCCUUCCCCCCACCCCCUCCCCUAGAUGGCAGUAUGACCAGUACAUGUUAAAUAUAUAAAGGUAUAAAUUAAAUACAAAAUAAGUUUACAUGUCCAAACCAUUAUUUUGCUGUACAAAAAGAAUCAGAUUCUGAAAUAUUGUACAAUUAGCCUGUGAAGGAAAUUAAAAAAAAAAAAAUGCAGGCCAGCAAAAAUAUAGGGAUUGGGAAUUCAAUGUAAUGGUUCUUAGUCAUCUCCCAGAGUUCUUUCACUGGGUGUAGCUGGUUCAGUUCAUUACUGCUCCAUUGGAACUGAUUUGGUUUAUCUCAUUGCUGAAGAUGGCCAGUUCCAUAAAAAUUGAUCAUCAUAUAUUAUUGUUGCUGAAUACAGCAACAAUACAAUGAUCUCCUGGUCCUGCUCCUUUCACUCAGCAUCAGUUCGUGUAAGUCUCUCCAGGCCUUUCUGAAAUCAUCCUGUUGGUCAUUUCUUACUGAACAAUAAUAUUCCAUAAUAUUCAUAUACCACAAUUUAUUCAGCCAUUCUCCAAUUGAUGGGGAUCCACUCAGUUUCCAGUUUCUGGCCACUACAAAGAGGGCUGCCACAAACAUUCUUGUACAUACAGGUCCCUUUCCCUUCUUUAAGAUCCCUUUGGGAUAUAAACUCAGUAGUAAUAGUGCUGGAUCAAAGCGUAUGCACAAUUUGAUAACUUUUUGAGCAUAGUUCCAAAUUGCUCUCUAGAAUGUUGGAUCUUUUGACAGUUUCACCAACAAUGUAUUAAUGUCCCUGUUUUCCCACAUCCCCACAUCCCAUCCAACAUUCUGCUUAUCUUUCCCUGUCAUUCUAGCCCGUCUAACAGAUGUGAGUGGUAUCUCAGGGUUAUCUUAAUUUACAUUUCUCUAAUUAAUAAGGACUUGGAGCAUCUUUUAAUAUGGCUAGAAAUAGUUUCAAUUUCUUCAUCUGAGAAUUGUCUGUUCAUAUCCUUUGACCAUUUAUCAAUUGGGGAAUGGCUUGAUUUCUUAUAAAUUAGAGUCAAUUCUCUAUGUAUUUUAUCAGAACCUUUGACUGUAAAAAUGUCUUUAUGGUUUAUUGCUUCCCUUCUAAUCUUGUCUAUAUUAGUUUUGUUUGUAUAAAAACUUUUCAAUUUGAUAUAAUCAAAAUUUUCCAUUUUGUUAUCAGUAAUGAUCUCUAGCUCUUCUUUCAUCAUAAAUCCCUUCCUCUUCCACAGGUCUGAGAGGUAAACUAUCUUGUGUUUCUCUAAUUUAUUUAUAAUCUCAUUCUUUAUGCCUAGGUCAUGAACCCAUUUUGACUUAUCUUGGUGUACGGUGUUAAGUGUGGGUCAAUGACUAGUUUCUAGGGCUCUCUUUUUCUAAUAUCAAACAGGUUUCAGGAAAAAGUAUAAUUUAUGAUCAUACAAUGGAUGCCCAUCAAUUGGAGAAUGGUUGGGUAAAUUGUGGUAUAUGAAUGUUAUGGAAUAUUAUUGUUCUGUAAGAAAUGACCAGCAGGAUGAAUACAGAGAGGCCUGGAGAGACUUGCAUGAACUGAUGUUAAGUGAAAUGAGCAGAACCAGGAGAUUAUUAUAUACUUCAACAAUGAUACUGUAUGAGGAUGUAUUCUGAUGGAAGUAGAUUUCUUUGAUAAAGUGAUCUAACUCAGUUUCAUUUGAUCAAUGAUGGACAGAAGUAGCUACACCCAAAGAAAGAACACUGGGAAAUAAUGUAAACUGUUUGCACUUUUGUUUUUCUUCCCGGGUUAUUUCUACUUUCUGUAUAUAAGAUAUACUGUGACAUAUUUAGUAUGUAUAGGACUGCUUGCCAUCUGAGGGAGGGGAUGGAGGGAGAGAGGGGAAAAAUCAGAACAGAAGUGAGUGCAAGGGAUAAUGUUGUAAAAAAAAAAAAAAUUACCCUGGCAUGGGUUCUGUCAAUAAAAAGUUAUUUUAAAAAAAUUUAUGAUCAUACAUGUAUCCUUUUCCCACAAAGAUGGUUUUUUUACUCUCAGAAGGAUGUCUAUUCCAUAUGCAUCAUGAAAGUAUUUUAUUAUAUUUUAGGCUAUGAACAAUAACUAAUAGUCUCCAAGAAAAACUUGUCACAUGCUCUCAAAGACCAAAUACCAAGAAAAAGAAAUAAAGCAAGCAUAAAAUCAUAAGUUAUUAAUACUGCUCUUAGUAUCACAUGGAACUCGGAUCAAAUUCUCACCCUUUUAAGGUAUAAGACACCUCUCAUUCAAUUAAUAGUACAAAAGUAUAUCAAAGAAAAAAAUUUCUUUAUGACUCUAGAUAUAGUAUCCAAGUCUCCUAAGGAGACUUUAUCCAAGUAAUUAAGUAAAAGAAUAUAAUGUUCAAAUCAAUAAUAUCUGUCUUUCUAUUUAAAUUUUGCUCAAAUAUAUUAUGCUUCAGAGGAACCAAGCUACUCAUUCAAAUUUUCAUCUUCAUGUAUAUAAUACACAAUUUGUAGCCAAUGAUGAUGAUGGUAAUGAUGGUGAUGGUAAUUCAUCUUUAUAUAUCACCAUAAUGUUUGCAAAUCACUUUAUAUAUGUUAAUUCAACCAAACAACCCUAUGUGCUAAAUGUUAUCUCCAUUUUGCAUGGGGAAACAAGAACAAAAAUGUGAAGGUACUGGCCCAUAGUCACACAACUACUAAGUGUCUCAGGCAGAAAGUGAACCUUCUGAGUAAGUCUGAGUAAGACUUGGGUCUUAUUGGCACCAAGUUUUCCAACCUAUGUAAUAUACUAACUAGCUAGUUAAACAAAUCUCUGUCCUACCUCAGGUAACAUAUCUCUUAUGCCUUCUCUAAUAACCAAAAAAAAAAAAAAAAAAACCCGACAUGACCUUUCCUUUGAAUUUCUCAUGAGAUACUACUCAACUUCUCUUAUGCACUUACACAUUCUAACUUGAAUUAUAACUGAGUACACAACUCAUUCUAUACCUUUCAUUUUAUCAAUGCCUCCAUAAGCAAUAUCCAUAUGAUUUCAAGCAACAAUAUGUUCAUAAAAAGUCUUCAAGUUAACUUUAAUAGAACUAAUGUGCUGGCCAGGUAAGUUCCUAAUUAACUUUUUAACAUUUCUAGCAUACAUCUCUCUCACUCAAAAAACAAUAAUAGGCUGUUGUUUAUUAUUACUUCUUACUUUUACUUACACAGUUGUUUGAUUGACAAUGGAUUUAACUUCUUAUCUCCAGUAUAUUUUCAAACACUUUUCUGAUUAUCUACAUUUAAACUGUUUUUAACAUUUUUUCAGGUGUUAAUUUCCAUACAACUUAGUAUAAUUUGAAUUAAUCUGUAAGUUACUUACAGAAAAUAUAUUUGUAAUUGAAGCUACAUGAUAAAAUGUAGGAAUAAACAUGGUCAUAACUGUAAUACAAAUAAUAAAUAUAAGAAACAUU